AUGCUGGACUUUACCACCAUCGAGCCGCAGCGCUACAUCCCGCUGAUGGGCCUGGGUCCGCUCGGCUCCCAGCUGCAAGGCGUCUUGUCCAACGGACCCUUCAAGGCGUCCGCCUCGCUCCUCUCCAGCGGCAGUGCCAAUGCUUCGGCACCCGCCAAGCCCGAGUCCGGCCUGGCCACGCCUACGCUCUCGGGAUCUUCAACCUCGGACUCUACGCAGGAGCUGCUCGAUCUCGAGAACGGGCCGUCGCGUUACGCCGCGUACGCGAUGCGGCUCAAGACGGUGAUUGUAGCGUCGUCGCGCUAUGUGGCCUACUCGUCGGACAUCGGCGAGGCAUUCCGCCCGCUCACCAGUCCUGCGUUUGUGCGCGGUGCAUACGCCGUCUCGUGGACGUACAUCCUGGGCGAUGUGGUGUAUGCCGGCUACAAGGCAGCGCAGCAGUACGAAGCGCUUGCAUCCACCACGUUCUCCAAGUCCGGUCCGGUACAGGAACUCGAGUCGGAAGCAGCCAAGCUUGCGGACAAGGCGCUCACGUCUGCGCGUGAGAAUCUGCCGCUCGAAAAGCUGCUGGACGCAAAGACGCUCAACGCGCUUUCGCCCACGGAAAAGGUGGAGCUGCGAAAGCGCCACGUUGAGCGUCUGGCCGAACAGGGCGACCAUGCCGGUGUGGACCCGAACCAGGUCUCGGAGGCAACGCACGUCGGACUCGUCAUGGCAAGACGCGCUGUGUUCCAGAGUAUCGCGUCGAUGGCUCUGCCCGCGUUUACUAUUCACAGCAUCGUGCGUUAUUCGGCACCCGUGUUCGCAAAGGCAAAGAGUCAGAGGAUCCGUGCUGCAGGCCCCACCGUCGCAGGCCUCAUGUUCGUCCCCGCCCUCCCCUUCCUCUUUGACGAACCCGUCGAGCAUGUGAUCGACUUUGCCUUUGACUGGAUCCAGGAGCGUCUGCUCGGCGGUCCCAAGGCGGCUCACAAGGUCGUCGAGGCCGCCAAGGAGAAGGUGCUCUAG